AUGGACAACCCAGAUCCCACCACUAAUCCCUCUAGCCCGUUUUAUCUUCAUCCUGGAGAAAAUCCAGGUAUUACUCUCAUUUCCCAGAUUCUUAAUGAGACUAACUACUCAUCCUGGAGCAGAAAUUUGAAAAGAGCAAUUCUCUCCAAAAACAAGAUCAAAUUCAUUGAUGGCAAUAUCAAAAAGCCACCAAGAACUGACCCUUUAUUUGAGGCUUGGGAGAGAUGUGAUACAAUGGUUUUGUCCUGGAUCAUCAAGACCCUUUCACCUCAGAUUGCAGAAAGUGUUAUCUAUGUUGAUAAUGCUAAAGAUUUGUGGGAAGAACUUAAAGAAAGAUUUUCUAAAGGAGACUACUUCAAGAUUUCAGAUUUACUACAAGAUAUUCAUUCUAUUAAGCAGGGAGAAAGGAAUGUCAGCCAAUAUUUUACUUACUUGAAGAUUCUUUGGGAAGAAUUAGAAUCUCUUAGACCCAUACCCUAUUGCACAUGCCAAAUCUCCUGUACUUGUGAUUUGUCUAGAGUUUCUCUAAAAUACAGAGAGGUUGAACACAUUAUUUGCUUCCUAAAAGGCUUAAAUGACACCUAUCAUACUCUUAGAACUCAAAUUCUUUUGAUGGAGCCCCUUCCCAACAUCAACAUGGUCUUUUCUCUCCUUAUGCAGCAAGAAAGACAAGAAAGACAACAUCUUGGAGUCAUUAGUCAGACUGAUUCUUUCAAAAUUUUGGCCAGCACUACUGUCAAACCCAAUUGGAAAUCCCAAGGUCGUGGCACUAGCUCACGUGGCCAAGGAAGAGGAAGAGGAAGAAAUCCCAAUGAUGGGAAACAAUGUUCCCAUUGUCACAAGAUGAAUCAUACGGUUGAUAAAUGUUACUCUAAACAUGGCUAUCCAUCAUGGUACAAGAAAAAUGACCACCAAAGCAGUCAGGAUAGGGGAGGCCAGAACGAAUGGAGUUAUGUUAAUGCUUGCAAAGAAGAUUCUACCUCUACCUAG